UGUCUUGCCAAUGCCCACUUUAUCCCCCACAUUGGGACCGGAGAAGAGAGCUUCCAGACAUAUCACCUGCUUGUGCAGGCCUUGGACGAGAUUGAGAGGAAGACAUUCCAGGAAUGGACCCAGAGCUUGGACAAAGACUGCCUGAAGCGCCUGGAUACCCCCCUCCUGGUCCUGAGCAGUGAGAAGCCAGGGAUGCUGGACAUCAAUUUUGACAAGCAAUUACUGAAAUUAUUUGUGGAAAUCCACUACUGGGAGAGGGUGCUGUUCGAGAUCCCCCACUACGUGGUUGAAGCCUAUGAACGGAGAGAGGACCUGCGUAACCUCAGGGAGAACUUGUUGCUGGUGGCUCGAGACUAUAACAG